CUCUGGCCAAUCAGGUGCAUUUCUCGUUGAGACUAGUUGGCGUCCUCGCGAUACUUUAUUGUUCAAAAAACGAGCCUGGGUGUAAAAUUCAAACGGUAGAGCGGUUUGACUGUGAUUCUCUGAAAGAUGUGUGAGUCAGCAUCAGAGGAUGAGGUGCAGAGCCUCAGAGCUCAACUGAAGGAGAUGCAGGAGCAGGUUCAGAAGGCUGCCCAGGCUGGCCUUGAUCUCCUCAACCAGCAGGUGGAGCUACAGAACAGGCUUGAGGAACAGAGAGUGGAGAUGACCAAUGCUUUGGAGGCUUUGGAGCAAGACAAGUACUCUUUGCAGAAGGAGGUGGAGUUGAAGACACGGAUGCUGGAAUCUUUGCAGUUAGACCAUGACUACAUGAAGAGCCAGCAGACACAGCAGCUCCAACAGCAACAAGAACAUUUAGAGAGGAACCACACCAUGCAACUCAGUGAGCUGAACAACAAGAUGCUGAGGCUGCAGACAGAUCUGGAAGAAUCACAGCUGAAUGAGAAACAGCUGAAACAAAAACUUGAAGCCCAGACUAUGACUCUAAAUCACAAGAUGGAAGAGUUACGAGCUCUGAAUGAACAAACCCAGGACUCGAUGUCGUCGGAGAUGAUUGAGGCACAAGUGAAGAGAAUAGAGUUGGAAAAUGCCAAGGUGGAGUUGGAGCAUUUGCUACAGGAAACACAGUACAGAGUACAGCAGUUGGAAAUGACCAACAGCAACCUGCAGCGGCACCUUCAUCAAAUCAGAGAGGAGAAGGAGGAGAGAGAGAAAGAAGCCGUCUCAUGGUUCAAUGCUCUAGAGAAAUCUCGGGAAAUGAACCAGGACCUACAGAUCCAGUUGGACCAGGUUCUCCAGCAGGCCCAGGAUCCUAACAGCAAGGGCAACUCCCUUUUUGCUGAGUUGGAGGACAAGCGGGCUGAGAUGGAGAGACAGCUCAUCAGUAUGAAGGUUCAGCACCAGUCUCUGCAGAAACAGCAUGCCUUCAGUGCACAACAAUUGCAUCGCAUGAAGCUCCAGAUAGCCACUUUGAUGCAGCUGCAGGGUUCGCGGGCUGACCCUGCCCAGCUGGAGAGGCUCCAGUCCAUGUUGUCAGAGAAAAAUGGAGAGAUCCAAAACCUGAUGGGCAAGCUCCAGAGGCUUGAGAAAGCAGAGAUCAUUUGGAAGUCGCAGCCAUCUCAUCCUGCUCCAACGGAUAAUGCAGAUGGCCAAGAUGAAACGUACUACAUUGACCUCCUCAAAAUGAAGCUCAACAAUUCUGUUAAAGAUGCAGAGCGUCUGGGAGAUGAGCUUUCCUUCCAGAGGAGGAAGGCUUUGUCAGAAAGCCAGAGAUCUCUGGAGUUAGAGAGGAAACUCUCCUCAUCUGAGCGGCUGCUCAAACAGGUUCAGAGUGACAAGAUCAAACUCCAGCUACGAAUUGAGGAGCUACAACACAAAUAUGAACCAAAAGAGGCAAAAAAGAACCUCAUCCAAAAGAGAAAAAGAGAGAGGCUCCCUGUUGACCUCACACCUUCCUGUGAGGAUUCUGCAGUUAUCAAGGUGAAGCCUGGAGAGAAGGAUGGAACAAAGAGCAGGGCAGAUGAACCUGAAUCUACUGCUCAUCCCAUGACUGAGACUAUCAGCACCAUACAAGAUGCUGAAUCCUGUCAAGCAAAGUGUGUGAGAACAUGUGAGGAGCUUCCUGUUGUAAUUCCUAACCCUCCCAGUACGCCCUUGAGCAACUGUAAAGUGGAGGAGGACGAGGAGAACCAGCAACAGAACAGGAGGAAGAUGAGGACAGAGGUGAUCCAUGUUAGCUCUCAAAACACCAUGGAGAACCAGUGUGCCCAGCAGUAGGACUCAUCCAGAAUCUCAAUGGACUGUAAUGUACCUUCUGUCAUACUGUAAAGCCCUUUUUAAAUGCAACAUUUUAGAGCAGACUUUUCUUAAAGGAUGCUCCUUUAGCCUAAGGGUCAUCCAAGAAUGAACAUUUGUAUGUAUAUGUUUGUAAGUAUUAAAAGAUUAAAGGAUUUAA